GGAGUUGUAUGUGUGUGUGUGUGUGUGCGUGCAUGUGUGUGUGCGUGUGAGACCCGCUGGGCGUCUAUAAAGCAUUUAUUAAUGUGGCUCCCUUGUCAGGCACCAAUUAAUUUAUUGGAGAGUAAACCUUUUAAAAGGAAGGAGGACAGAGAGGAGUCCGUGGCAGCUCUGGAGAGCUGUCACUUUCUCUCUGAGUGUAUGUGUGUGCGCGGAGAAGAGAGAGAUUAUCGUUACGCGCGUUAUGCGGAGCGCAGUUUUGGUGAUGCAUUCAGUUGGGAGAAGUGUAGCAGGGAGCAGUGACCGUCAACCCGGACAUCCAGUGCAGUAGCAGGAGAAGGGGAUCCGGCAGGUUCGGGGCUACCUUCUCUGCGCCUUAUAGGAUUUCGACUCAUUUUGUGUUUUAUAUAUUUUUGAUGAAUUGGUGCAGAGUGAAAGUCAAAGAUGCGCACCGCUGAACAAAGGAUUUAGGGGAAAACGAUCAAGAAUAUCUUCCUCAAUUUAAUCCUGACACCCCGGUGUGUUUUGUCCAUGCCCAUAUCUGCCUCUGAGGACAACGGACACGGGCUGAAUCAUCGGGUUCCUCUGGUUUCAAAGCUGGAGAAGGAGGAAUCAUCUGGGCUGAUCGCGUACGAGUCCAUGUGGAUGGAGAGAGAAUACGCAAACACAGCGAGCGGAGCUCAUUCCGAAAUGUGACAUUUUUCAGUCUCCCAGUCUCCCAUCAAACCUGACAACCGUGCAUCUGCCUUCGUUCCCGAUCGGAUUUGUUUACAUCGAUUUAGAGAUGGCCUCCCUCCCUGGUCCUCCUCAUGCUGCUGCUGACUGUCGCUCAUCGUGCCAUCGGUCAAGACUCGGAGGUCUCUGAGGCUCUCCCAAGAGGCUGCGGCUGGGGCCUUGUGCGUCCAUACACCCUCCUCUGUGACCUGGACUCCAUAUGGGGUGUAGCUGUCGAGUCAGUGGCUGCCGGUGGGGUGCUGACUGCCAUCUUUCUAGCCCUAAUCCUGCUGUGCCGCUUACACCACAUCAGUGAGGCUGAGAAGCGCAGCGGCGUGGGCCCCAUCCUCCUGCUGCUCCUCGGCAUCCUUGGCUUGUUCGGCCUGAGCUUCGCUUACCUGAUCGAGCAGGACGAGUCUUUAUGUUUGCUCCGCAGGGCCCUGUGGGGUCUUCUGUUUGCCAUCUGCUUCUCCUGCUUGCUGGUACAGGGAAUCCGCCUGCGUAGGAUCGGCCGUGAACGCCGGAGCCCCGGUGGCUGCGCCCUAACAUGCCUCGCGCUGGGUUUGAGUGCUGUGCAGGGCAUCAUCGCCGCCGAGUGGCUACUUCUCACCGUGCUGAGGGAGGGACGAGCUGCCUGUCAGUACCUGCCAAUGGACUUCUCACUAGCCUGCAGCUACGUGUUAGCCCUACUACUAGCCGCGCUGACUGCAGCCUCCCUGGCCCUGUGUGGGAAGACACGUCAGUGGCGCUGCAAUGCCAUCUGGCUGCUGGUGACCUGCCUGCUGUCGCUGCUGCUGUGGGUGGCCUGGGUGGGCUUCUAUCUGUACGGCAACGACUGGCUGGGGAGGUCCCCGGCCUGGAAUGACCCGGCGCUGGCCAUUGCUUUAGUGGCUCAGGGCUGGAUUCUGCUGAUCUUCCAUGCAAUUCCUGAAGCCCACAUCUGCCUGAGACCACCCCCACAGCCCACUGCACCAGAUUACUUUGACACCUCCCAAAACUCUACACGGAUGAGGGAGACCAGCUUUGACGAAGACAUCCCUCUCUCUCACAGGCAGUUUGUGGAGAACCAGGGCUACGGAUACAACGAUGAGAACACUGCAGGCUUGAGGACCGGUGGCAGUGGCGGUGGCGGUGGCGGUGGCAGUGGCGGUGGCGGCGCCGGGCAACAUAACAGCAACACUGGCCCCAGGCCCAGCGCUCCUUUCCGCAGCAAUGUCUACCAACCCACCGAGAUGACCAUGAUCCUGAAUGGGGGAGCGGUGAGUACAUCCUCCCAGUCACAGGUGCCCUCUGCUCCUCCAACUUACACAGGGAGGCAGCUGUGGUGAGUGAGAGGAUUGGAAAGAAGAUGUGUGGUAGAAAAUGAAGAGGAUGGAGAGGGUGAGGAGGGAGGGGUCCGGGACGAGGGGUGCUGCCUGGUUGAAUUGGACUUAAAACAUGGAUGCCAACAGGGUCCUUUCCCUCUGUGUACAGACUCAAACACUGACUGUGUGCCAAUCAACUAUUGUAUGAGUGUGUGUGAGACUGAGAAAGAGUAGGGUAUGGAGGACAGAGCUAAAGCUCUUCUAGCACACAAAUCUCUAUAGAAGGGUUCAAAAACUCAAAAUGUGACCAGCAAGUAGCAAAACAAAAUGCACGAUUUGAAAAUAUCAACAUGCAGUAUUCUUUUUAUUUUAUUUGCUCCACUGAGACUAUACAGCACUGUAAGGAUCCUUGAAAAACUGUGAAAUCUAUCGCCUUUUCCCGCUCUAUUUCUCUUCCUGUCAAUCAGGAUGUCUUUUCUGCUGCUCCUCAAAAAUGCUGGCGCUCGCGUGGAAACAUUUGGCUCUGUCCUCCAUCCACCCACAGUGUAGGUGAAGACAGAGCACAUGGGCAACUGUACAACUCGAGCACCGCCCGCUUAAAAAGUAUCCAACCUCUGUGGGUGUGUAUGUGGAGUAUAUGAGAGGGGAAAAAAUAGUGUGUGUAUUCCCUACAUCUGAACACCACCGCUCCAAUAAACCUUUCCCCCUCCAGACCGUUAGCCCUCCGUGGACACUUCUUCUUCCUCCAUCCCUCUCUAUCUCCGUUUCCGGUUUCACUGCACCGUCUGUGAAUAUAACACAUAACUCUUCUCACCUUGCCUCAUCCACCCACCUGCAUGGACACUUUGCAAUAUGUGAAACAAACUGUGAAGCCCGAACUGCGGUCGGGACACAAGUUCCCGGUGACCGCGCACGCAGCAAAAGCAGCCUGAAGCACCUGAACAGAGGGAUCGCAAAGCUGCUAAUGAACUGCUGUUCGAUACAAUGGAGUAGAGUGGAUUCUGAUUGGACGAGGAGGCCGUCAGUCAUCGGUGAUGAGGCACUGCUUCAUGAAUCUAGGUCAGACUGCUGUAUGCUGCUCUCCCACAUCUCCGGUGGCCACUGGCGUUUUUGAACCAGCCAGGAGAAACUGUCACUUUAUAUCAGCAGGAAACGGAGCGAGGAAAUGAAACGUUCCCCUGUACUUAAGCUCCUCCAUCUGUGUUAAUGUGUGCGUACGUGUGAUUUUAUGAGUGUCGGGAGUUGACGGGGGGAGGGGGUGGGAUUUCAAAAAGUCAACGUUGCUUUCUGGUGCUAUAUAUUCCUCCACACAACUUCCCAGUGCGGCACAGAACUACAGGAACAACACUGAUGCAGGUGUCAAAACUAUCAGUGACAGGCGAUAGAUAGAGCUGUGGCUGGUGUGUGGACAUAUCCUAGAGCCUUAGAAAGAUCAGAUUUACACUGUAAGUUAGAAAGUGGGAGAUACAAUAUAGAAGGAGGAAGAAGGGGGAUGGGACAGAAGGAAGGAGAUAGCGAGUGAUGGUCCAAGGGGAGUCUAUGCGACAGUGCAAGAUCUCCGUGGGUUGUGUGUUUGUGCGUGAUGUGCUGACUGCUCUGCUCUAUGUGGUCAUCGUCUUUAUCUGGUGAAGCGUCUCCUCCUCCUCUUCCUCCUCCUCCUGUCUCCCUGUGGUCGGCUAUAGCUCAAGUGUAGCCCCGUGCCAAGAAGGACUCUUGUUUCACUGGAGUCUCCGUUUCACGCCCUUUCCCUUCAUCACGACACCAGCUCUCUCUCUUUUCACCCGAGAAGCUGUGUACAUAGUAGUGCUGUAAAGCUUUGCUUGCUUGUUUACUUUUUCUUUCUUUUUUAACUGUAGCCUGAGUUUAGACACCAGUGUCAUAUGACCCCCUGGAGAACUGACUACUGCAAACUUUUUUUAUCUGGGGAUUUUCUUUUUUAACUGGUUUGCUUAGUUGCUCAUACAUUUUGCUUGUUGUUCCAUGAUGCUUUUAUUUCUCUCUCGCUGGUGUCUUUUUUUUAAGCUAGCAUUUUGGAAAUGUUUUGCCAAUACUAGAGAGGCUUUUAUUUUUUUGUUUGUUUGAUUAUUGUUCGAGGAAAUGAUGAGUUGUCAUUUAAAAAGGGAUUUACGUCGGUUGUACUUCCCGCAAUAUUCUCAAUCAAGACAGUCAUCCUCUCUUCGCUGUUACAGUUACGGGGGAUACAAACAUACUUUAGUUUUAUUUUUUCAGAAAAAUUACAAUAGCUGUGAAUCAUUUUUGGCACUUCAUGCAGCAAACAAUGACCUAUUCUGCAACACUUUAGAGAUAGAUAUAUAAUAAAUAAACAGAGCAGGGUAGGCUGAAAAAGCUUCAAGACCUCCCAAGUCAUUUUGCUGACCCUUGGUCUUACAGUGCAUCAACCCUCAACUAAGAAAAGCCAAAGGGUCAACCCUUGACUGCUGCUGUAUGUUCAUGUCUUACCCACUGGCUAUUCUAAAAUAGGACUGGUACCAGCAGGCCAGCUCCAUGCCCAAAGAGAGCGUGUCCUGCUACGUCAGGCUCUGUUUGGGCCUCCACUGUUCAGAAACAGGCUACGGGCCCACAGAUCCGUGCGUCGUAGCCCAUGAAGAACUGUCCUCAGGGUUUCGGAUGGUCAGCAGUAACGAGAUAAAACUCUCACCACUCAGAGCGGAGGGGGGAGGUUUGAGUUCUUGUGAUGUUUUCACUCAAUGUCGAGUACAAAAAAAACAAAAAAACAAUAAUAACAUGUGACUUUGUAGAUUUUGCACCUGUCAACUACCUAUCUGUGCAUGCUUAUCACCAUUUCUACAUGUAAGACCUUUCUCAGACGUACUUUUGAAUACUAACUCUAUUUAUGUAAAGGUCAUGUGACAGCAAUCAUAAUUUCAGUGUAUAUCAGAUGACACACUUAAUGUCUGUGCUUUCUUAAACACAAAAAGAGAGCUGGCUCUUGACAAGCAAAGAGAUUAAAGUCAGGGGAAAAUGGUCCAAAAUACUAUGAUUCCCCAAAAAGGAACAAAAUGCCAUCUUUACUGGACCUAAUAAUAACUUCCUUGUUAGUUUGAAAUCUCGAGGGAAAAAAAGAGAAUCUUCUGACUGAUAUUGUCUCUGUGUUUAAAAUCAAAUAGACUGUGGUAAAAUUUGCACAAAACUUCUAUAUGUUAAGUUUGUCAUCCCUGGACAGCCCACUAAACACCCGUAUCCCUGGGUUUGACUUGUCCUUGCCUGUCCUCUCCUGAUUUGUCUUGCCUUCAGACUGUUCCAGCGGGGCAGCUGACAGGGGUGAUAUUGGUUUUCACAGCUGUGACUGUGCGGUGACGCAGCAUGCCUAUGUAUAGAACUUGAUUCCUCUGAUUAGAAAAAACAAACAGUUAACUCUCUUGUUUCUGUAACUAAAUCAGGAAAAAAAGAAGUUCAAUAAAAGUGUCAUGUUUGUAGUUAACUUUUAA